ACCCUGUGACCUAAUGUCUAWCUCAGUAAAACCAACAUUUUAGUGUGCUUCGGACAAAAUAGAUAAUACGCUAUGUAGCUCAUUCGGAUUUCCGUGGUCCUGUUAAGUCUAAAGUUCAAUGCAGCAAUGUCCGGAGAGAACAACCGCAAGAAAAUUAAUGCUGAAUGAACCAACAUGGAGCAGCCAAGUUUCAUUGACAACAAUGAGCCCAAAAACCUCUAACGUUAACAGUUCUCCCAAGAAUGGACAGUGGAUCACAACAAGCAUUAACUGAAGAAUGGCAAGGUUUAGACGAAAAUCUUGCUGUACAUUUAUUGGUUUGGUGUUGCUCAUAUUCAUAGUAACAGUUGUUUUAAAGUCCUUUACACCAGAAUAUUCUCCAUUUGGAAGCAUCUUUGGUCUGGAWUUGUUCCCUAAUAUCAAAGGACCUGGAAAAAAUGACAUUCAAAUGCUUAGUAAUAUUGACAGUGUCGUCCCUGAAGCACUGAACAACAUGAAUGACGUAGACUCUGAGAGGGUCAAGAACGUAGAAGCUGCCCUCAGGCAAUUCCCUGCUCCAAACUACAAUAUUCAUGCCUUUUACUACACAUGGUAUGGCAACACACAGUUUGAUGGAAAGUACAUUCACUGGGACCACCCUCUUCUGCCACACUGGGAUUCAAAGGUGGCAGCAGGAUACCCAAGAGGGAGACACAGCCCACCAGAUGACAUUGGGGCCAACUUCUAUCCUGCUUUAGGAGCUUAUAGUUCCAGGGACCCCUCUGUUAUUGAAGCUCACAUGAAGCAACUGCGAGCAGGAGCUAUUGGUGUUCUUGCUGUUUCCUGGUAUCCACCUGGCAUGAAGGAUGAAAACGGUGAGCCAACAGAUGACAUUGUGCCUUUGAUACUGGAGGUGGCACAUGCAUAUCAUGUAAAGGUUGCUUUUCACAUUGAACCAUACACAGGAAGAGAUGAAACAAGUAUGUUUAACAAUGUCAAGUACAUCAUAGAGAAAUAUGGUGAGCACCCUGCAUUCUACAGGCAUAGAACAAACACUGGCAAGUUUCUUCCUCUAUUCUACGUCUACGAUUCCUAUCUACUCAACUCAGAACAGUGGGCAAAACUCCUUAAACACACRAAAAGCAGUAGCAUUAGAGAUACUCCCUAUGAUGGUAUCUUCAUAGCCCUUCUUGUUGAAGAGAAACACAAGAGGGAUAUCGUCACGGCAGGUUUCGACGGAGUCUACACUUACUUCGCCACCAAUGGGUUUUCCUAUGGCUCCACUCAGCGCAAUUGGGAGUCCAUUAAAACUUUCUGUGAAGACAACAACCUGUUGUUCAUUCCGAGUGUGGGGCCAGGUUAUAUUGACACCAGUAUUAGGCCUUGGAAUUUCCAGAAUACACGCAACCGCAUUAACGGGAAGUACUAUGAAAUGGCCCUGAGUGCAGCCCUAGAAGCUGGUGCCGAUAUUAUAUCUAUAACAUCAUUUAAUGAAUGGCAUGAGGGAACCCAGAUUGAGAUGGCAAUUCCAAAAACAAGCCACACUGUGUACCUAGACUACUUACCACACAAGCCUGUUGUCUAUUUAGAGGUAACUCGCAAAUGGGCAGCAAUAUUUAGCAAUGAAAGGAAGAGACGGCUAGAAUGAUACGAAAAGCAAGGGCCUAACAUUAAAUCUGACCAGAAAUUGUCUUACACAAUAUAGAUUAUGAAAUUUGACAACAAUAGUGCAUGUGACAGAAACCUAUAUUGACUUUUUAUCCUGUAUGGUAACAUUUAUCAUGGUUUUACAGAUMAACUAAUGAAAGGGCAGCCUUGAAUUGUGUGGUCUUUGUCCUGCUUUAUAUGAUUAUAAUGAUUUGUACUUUAAUCUAUAACUGUUAUAUUUGGGUAGUUUAAACCCCUUCCUGGGCUAAAAAYCACUUUUAAAGGAGGGUCUGAAUUGAAUAUGCUUUUUGUCUCGGAAAUUCUUAACCUGGGUCUGUACAAAACACCACAAUGUGACAAUUCCUACUUCAUUGCACUACUGUAUAUACUGUCUGCUUUUUUUAUUUUUUAUUCUUACCCAUCCACCAAUAGGUGCCUUUUGAGAGGCAU